AUGUCGCUGACCAUAAAAGUCAUCAUCCUUUUCAUAUUGGUUGAAUCUUCUUGGGGAAAGUAUGUUGUGAAUCCGUUUGUUGUGAAUCCGUUUCCUGAUGAGGAAAAACAAACCAAUCAAGAGAUUGACUAUUUCGAUAUUUUGAGAGGAACAAUUAGAGCAUGGCAAAAAGAAGCAGAGCAAAAAUACCCACUUUGGACAUCCGACAAUUACAUGGAGCGAGCUUCAUACCUACAAGAGAAAGUUCGAGAUUAUGUUCAACUUUGGGGGAAGUGGAAAAAUCAUACAGCAUACCCAUUCAGUGACUUGCGGAACAAGCUUCAAGGUGACUUGUGGCCAAUAGAGUAUAUUCAUUGUCGUCGAUAUGAGAGUCGGACUAUAUUGACGUAUCUUAUAUAUGGCCUUAGUGCAGAAAGUGACUGA